AUGCGGCUGCGGCUGCUGGUGUCCGCGGGCAUGCUGCUGGUGGCUCUGUCGCCCUGCCUGCCUUGCAGGGCCCUGCUGAGCAGGGGAUCGGUCCCCGGAGCGCCGCGGGCCCCGCAGCCCUUGAAUUUCUUGCAGCCGGAGCAGCCCCAGCAACCUCAGCCGGUUCUGAUCCGCAUGGGUGAAGAAUACUUCCUCCGCCUGGGGAACCUCAACAGAAGUCCCGCUGCUCGGCUGUCCCCCAACUCCACGCCGCUCACCGCGGGUCGCGGCAGCCGCCCCUCGCAGGACCAGGCUGCGGCUAACUUUUUCCGCGUGUUGCUACAGCAGCUGCAGAUGCCUCAGCGCUCGCUCGACAGCCGCGCGGAGCCGGCGGAAAGCGGCGCCGAGGAUGCCCUCGGCGGCCACCAGGGGGCGCUGGAGCGGGCGAGGCGAUCCGAGGAGCCGCCCAUCUCUCUCGAUCUCACCUUCCACCUUCUGCGGGAAGUCUUGGAAAUGGCCAGGGCAGAGCAGUUAGCUCAGCAAGCUCACAGCAACAGGAAACUGAUGGAGAUUAUCGGGAAAUGA